UGGUAGUAUCCCUUUAACGUGAUCCGUAGUAGUGCGCAACCAAGCUACGUAACUUGAACGCAAUCGCGUUGUAAUUUCGUUUAUAUUCACAUACAAACAAGACAAAGGGAACAUCGUAACCUUGCCCAAUCCGAGCAUGGCGUUAAAAGUCUGUGCUAGGCUAUCGAGGAGCAUUCCCCGCGUUUUAGCGAGCAGAAAUGUUAUUUCUGUAACAAGACCGCUGGCAGAGGGUUCACGCUGGACACAUUUACGAUGCUUACAGCAUACCUGUGUUAUACGUUACGAGGGUGGCUUAUUGCGACAUUUCAGCUCAUCGAGCAAUCCUUCAAUAGACGUGUCCUACGAGCAGCUGAAGAAGAUGCUGGUGGCCCGGUCCGGUGUGGUUAUAGACGUCCGUGAGCCGUGGGAACUCCGGGAGUACGGGAAUAUACCGGGCUCCAUUAACGUACCCUUGGCACAGGUGAAUGGAUCUCUCCAGCUUAGUCCAGAGGAGUUCAAGGAGAAGUACGGUGGAGACAUGCCAUCGCACUCCCAGAAGAUUGUUUUUACCUGCCUAGCUGGUGUAAGAAGCAAAACAGCACUGGAUGCUGCAGUGUCUUUAGGUUACACCAGUGUCCAGCAUUACCCCGGCGGAUGGAAAGACUGGGCAGAACGUGAACUAAUACAAACCAAAGAGUGAACCUCACAAUAUUGUCAUGGUUACACUGUGAAAGCAAUGCAGUGCUAUUACAAUCCGACUUUGUAAUCCGCCAUUGACACUUAUUCAGAAUGUGCCACUGAUACACAGGAAUUUAAUGGUUUUGACCGAAUGAAAUUGUGUGGUUACAUUUUAAGCUUUAAAAGAUGCACUGUUAUAUGACAUGAGCAGCGUGCAUUCACAUGAAAUUCAGAGGCUUACAAUGAGUCUGAUUAUGACUGAUAUCUAUAGGGCUGUUAUACUGUAACAUUUAUAACUGUUAUAAUAUAUUUGAGCAGAAAAUCCAAAUAUUAUAUCAGAGAAUUGUUUUAUAUUCUUGAAAAUAAAACUUUGAUGCUCCA